AUGUUAAACAAGAACAUUCUGCUGUUGUGUCUCCAGAUUAGUCUCCUAGGAAUCACUCUUGGUGGGAAUGUUCUGAUUUGGCCAAUGGAAGGUAGUCAUUGGCUGAACAUUAAGAUAAUUAUAGAUGAGUUGAUUGAAAAAGAGCAUAAUGUGACUGUUUUAGUUGCCUCUGGUGCACUUUUCAUCACGCCAACCUCGACCCCAUCUCUGACAUUUGAAAUAUAUAAGGUGGCCUUUGGCAAAGAAAGAAUGGAAGGACUGAUCAAGGACUUUGUUUUGACAUGGAUGGAAAAGAGGCCAUCUCCUUCAACCAUUUGGAGAUUCUAUCAAGAUAUAGCCAAAGUCAUCAAGGACUUCCACAUGAUAUCUAGAGAAAUCUGUGAUGGUGUUCUUAAAAACCAAAAGCUGAUGGAAAAGCUGAAGAAAAGCAAAUUUGAGGUCCUGAUAUCAGAUCCAGUAUUUCCUUGUGGUGAUAUAGUAGCUUUAAAGCUGGGAAUUCCAUUUAUGUACUCCCUCAGGUUUUCUCCAGCCUCAACAGUGGAAAAGCAUUGUGGGAAGGUACCAUACCCUCCUUCCUAUGUUCCUGCCACUUUAUCAGAACUCACGGAUCAGAUGUCUUUCACUGACAGAAUAAGAAAUUUCAUCUCCUACAGUCUACAGGACUACAUGUUUAACACUCUUUGGAAAUCAUGGGAUUCCUACUAUAGUAAAGCUUUGGAUGGUAGCCAUUGGUUAAAUAUUGAGCUCAUUCUAGAAGAGCUGAUCCAAAGAAAUCACAAUGUGACUGUACUGGCUUCAUCAGCAACUCUAUUCAUCAACUCCAAUCCUGAUUCUCCUGUGAAUUUUGAAGUGAUACCUAUCUCCUAUAAGAGCAGCAAUAUAGACUCCUUAAUUGAACACAUGAUAAUGCUGUGGAUAGACCACAGACCAACUCCUCUCACUCUCUGGACUUUCUACAAAGAACUAGGAAAAUUUCUAGAUGCUGCUUUUCGAAUGAAUAUACAAAUCUGUGAUGGAGUAUUAAACAACACCAAGUUACUGGCAAGACUUCAGGAAGGUGGUUUUGAUGUGUUGUUAGCAGACCCAGUAACUGUCUGUGGGGACCUGGUUGCUCUGAAAUUAGGAAUUCCAUUUGUGUACACACUGAGGUUCUCUCCAGCCUCAACAGUGGAGAGACACUGUGGGAAAAUCCCCGCACCUGCCUCCUAUGUUCCUGCAGCUUUGUCAGAGCUCACUGACCACAUGACCUUUGGUGAGAGGGUAAAAAAUACUAUAUCCUAUCUUCUGCAAGACUACAUAUUUGAAUCCUAUUGGGGAGAAUGGAAUUCAUACUACAGCAAAGUUCUAGGAAGACCCACUACAUUAUGUGAGGUUAUGGGGAAAGCAGAAAUUUGGCUAAUCCGGACAUAUUGGGAUUUUGAAUUUCCUCGUCCAUACUUACCUAAUUUUGAGUUUGUAGGAGGGUUGCACUGUAAACCUGCCAAACCAUUACCUAAGGUUUUAUGGAGAUACAAAGGAAAGAAACCAGCCACAUUAGGAGCCAAUACUCGGCUCUAUGAUUGGAUACCCCAGAAUGAUCUUCUUGGUCAUCCCAAAACAAAAGCUUUUAUCACUCAUGGUGGAACCAAUGGGAUCUAUGAAGCUAUUUAUCAUGGGGUUCCUAUGGUGGGAGUUCCCAUGUUUGCUGAUCAGCCUGAUAAUAUCGCUCACAUGAAGGCCAAAGGAGCAGCUGUGGAGGUGAACAUAAACACAAUGACAAGUGAAGAUCUGCUCAAUGCCUUGAGAACAGUCAUUAAUGAACCUUCUUAUAAAGAGAAUGCUACAAGGUUAUCAAGGAUUCAACAUGAUCAACCUGUAAAGCCCCUAGAUCGAGCAGUCUUCUGGAUAGAGUUUGUCAUGCGUCACAAAGGAGCCAAGCACCUGCGUCCAGCUGCCCAUGACCUCACCUGGUUCCAGUACCAUUCUUUCGAUGUGAUUGGUUUCCUGCUGGUCUGUGCAGCAACUGCUAUCUUCUUGGUCACAAAAUGUUGUUUGUUUUCUUGCCAAAAACUUGGUAAAACAGGAAAGAAGAAAAAGAGGGAAUAG